CAUCUCUGUGCGUCAUGAACGUCUUUGAAUAAAUGUGAUUCUUUUCUUGUUGCCAGUCAUGAAUGUCUACGCGCUUCAUGCCGAAUCGUCAUGAACAUCUCUGUGCUUCAUGAUCUCCCCGUUCGAGAAUAUCGAACGAAUUUCACUGCACAAUCAGCAUGGUAAUACGGUCGAACGACGAAUCAACAUAUACAAGUAUAUACACACACAUGUGUAACAUUUCUUUUUUAUUCUUUAUUUUUCAUCCAUGACUAUCGGCCGAAGCGGGUAAUGAUAACCCUUGGCCUAGAUUUAUCUUUUGAACUGCCCAUACGCUUUUAGAACCACCUAGUGGUUUCCCGGGCGUUCUCAGGAAAGCUUUCAGCUAAUUAAAGUACGUAUUUUGCCCCGUAGUGGGUAUAGUUGUCGUUCGGGCAUUUAAUACCGAGCGGAACCGCUCAUGGUAUCUAAUUUUAACUACGUCAUUGGGCCACGCCCUUGCGAGACGCUUUAGUUAAUUCAUUUAGGCCGACCGGGAGUGGACCGAUCAGCCAUUUAAACCAAACAUUUAUUUAAAACGUUGGUGAUCUUAUUUAUAAAGCUCCGUUCGGCCUUAUUCUAUUCGGGAAUUUUAAUCCCUACUAAAAUAAUGGUGUUGCAAUUAAUAGUAAGAAUACUAUUUAAUCAACCAAUGAAUACUCUCAUGCAUGAGUACUUGGUGUGUUGUCAAAGUAAUACCAUUUGGGGCACUCCGAUCGCUUAUAUUUAGCCGAUCGCGGGUUGGUCGGUCGGCCCAUUAAACCAAAUCAUUUAAUUUUAAAUGAUAAUGGACUUGUCACUGGAGUCUCGCUCGGUCAUUAUUCAAUUGAGGAAAUUUAAUCUCUACUAAACAAAUAAUGGCGAUGUGUAACUAAUAGUAAUAUUACUACAUCAUUUUAUUUAAUAUUUUCAUGGAUGUCCGACCCAUGCCGAACAGACUCAUGGGUGGCUUCGAAUUUAAAAAACGUGUCACCGAGAAAAUGUCCUCCAAAGGCGGUUCAGUCAAUAUUAUUUGGGCCGAUCGGGGAUGGACCGACAAGCCCAGUCAAACCAAGCAUUUAAUUAAAAUGUUGGUGAACUUAUAAUAAAACUUCAUUCGGCAUUAUUCUGUUCGGGAAUUUUAAUCCCUUCUAAGUAAAGGGUAUUCAACCAAUAGCAACUAAUACUUUUAAUGUAUUAACGCCCGAUGCCUAUCGGGACUUCAUUGUAUUAAAACGCGUCGCCGGAGUGAUGCCCUUCGAUGACACUCCGAUCGCGCAAUUACACCCAAUCGUGGGGUUAGGCCGGUCAGCCCAUUAACCCCGUCCUUUAACUUUUAAAAUGACGGUGAACUUUAUCUAUUGGAGCCAUUAUUUAGCUUGGGAUAUUUUAAUCCCUACUAAACAAAUAAUCGCUCAGAAGUAUUAAUACAUCACUUUAUCUAAUAUAUUUUCAUGGGUGUUCGGCCUCACCGAGCGGGUCCAUAGAUGCCUCGAUUGCUAAUUAAGGCCGACCGGGGUAGGCUAACAGCCUACUAACAUUAAUUAUUCACUUGGGUCUAGCCCCGUCUGUCCGUCACGACUUAACUUGGGGUAAUGUAACCCUUACCAAAUAAUGGUGAUGCAAUUAAUUAAUAGUGAUAAUUUCAAUAGUUAAUUAAGAGCAGUUGGUUAGGCACUUAGCUCUUUUGGAUAUGCCGAAUGAACUUAGCAUGCUGCAGCGGACAUGGCCCAUCAACAAAGAGCCAAUUGGAGGCAACCACGAUCCAGCCCACUUUUAGAGCAAAUAUGAUCUGGUCCUUUAUCGGCCGGGUAGAGAUCCAUCAGGAUGGAAGUCCAGAAUCACGGGUGGUGGAGCUCGUUCGGUGGGUUGGUCCGUUCGGCGAUCGGCAGCCGUCAGAAGGCGACCGGAAGUAUUCGUUCCUCCCUAGAUGAUGAGGUUUGGCCAUCUAGCAGAACUCCCGUUCGAAAGUCAGCAUGCUUUGAAGACAUUUAUCGAACUUACGCUCCCCAAUCUUUGUGGAUUUCUCCUCCCGUUCGGCAGGCUGGUUGAGACUCCGUGCGGGCAGAUUCGGCCUUUUGUCUUAAUGGGUUCCAGCUCAGGUAAAGAUCCCCUCCCUUACUGGACCGUUGAUCUUCUUGAAGGCCGUUCGGGAGAUGCCUUGCACAGGUCUGCUAUUGCCUUGAAGGCCGUUCGGGUAAUCGCUGCACAGGACUGUUCAUGUUCCCUUCCGGUCAAUUUGUCAAAAUGAAUAGGCAGGGGGCGUUCAGCAUGGGCUGGUUCUGCAUAUUCCCGUUCGGUAAAUGUUAGUGAAGUUUGUACCCUAUUCUCAGAUGAUCACCCUUCCUAAAAUGGAUGAGCAGAGUCUUGUAAGAUCAUGUUAGUGCUUUGGACAUCUACAAUUCAUUCGUUAGAAACGGUUGAGAUGGAGGUCCUCAUUCUUUUUGAAGUCUGCCCACAUGUUGAGUUUCCUGAAUGGCAUGUAACUAUCUGUUCGAGUUUUGAAGCCCCCGAUCGGCAUUCGUGCCUUGUGGAUAUGUAUUGAAGGGCACUGCAUCGUCCAGGAGAUUUCGUUCGGGUUGGGGUCCGAAUUUUCCUAGAGAUGUCUUGGGGUUUCAGAGGUUGGGACGCCAGUUGGCCGGAAGUGUCUCCUGGGAGGGGCGUUCGGGAGCUUCCGUUCGGUGUUCGGCUUCUCUUCUUUGGAUAAGAGGGAUUAUGUCAAAUCAUCAAAAAGUGUUGUCAGGAUAAGGAAAGUGGUGGGCACGCGGGCCCCACCCAUCAUUUCCCUCAAUUUUCCUUGGACUCCUGCUGCCGAAGUUUGUUGGGUGCAGAGAUUUGAUCUGAUCUAUGGCCAAGCUGCUGAAGUUGUUUCACUGGGUCAGGAGGUCUUACUCUGCUGCUGUGCUUUUCACCGUCGUUGACCAGUGAACUAGCUUGGAACUCAAAACAAAGAUGUAAACCUUAGAACAUGUGAAUUUUUCCUCCUUUUUCCCUUCGUUCCUUGAUGAAAACAGUAGCUUUUGGUAAAAAAUCAAGAACACAUGAAUCUUUUUGAUAUGUUUCCCACAGACGGCGCCAAUGUUGAGGUUUAGUCCCGUAGAUCCGGAAGCCCAACAUGAACUUCGGAUAUUAAGGACGAUGGAUUCGGUAUAAAAGUGAAUAAAUAUAUAAAAGGUGUAUGAACUAGCUAUUUUUACGUGGAAACCCGGAAAGGGAGAAAACCACGGGACUUUUUAGGCUAACGUCCAAGCCCGCUCUUUCUCAUUAAUUUGCUCCCAUCACUCCUUUACAUAAUACAAAAGUUGAAGUCUCCAUUAAUGGAGCUUGAAUAACUACUCUAAUCUAAGGAAGAAGAAGUAAUGCAGGAGAAGAGAACCAAAAAGAGGAUCCUUUCAUCAGGAAGCCAACCUUCCUAUUUAUAGAUGGGGGAGGGAGUAAGGGUUUUCUCCAUGGGCCAAUGGGCCUUGUUGGGCCGGAAUGGGGCCGAGUAGGUCCCAACGGGCCGGUUGGCCUAAAUGAUCCUUGCUAA